CCCUGACAUACACACAGUCUCUUCUCACAAACAUACUCUGUUCUCACACACUGUCACACACUCUUUCUCACACACUGUCACACACUCUUUCUCACACACUGUCACACACUCUUUCUCACACACUGUCAGACACUCUCUCACGGCUGAAAUCACUGCUGUCUGUUGCUCUAUCCAAACACAGGAACAGGGAAAGGAGCAGAAUGACUGUGCUUUAGCCUGGCGGAGGGGAAAGUUUCCCUCACUGGGCAGUGAACAGACUGAGGACACACUGGGACUACUGUACUGGACUACUGUACCACUACCACCCUCAUGAGGAAUGAAGUGACAGGAGAGAACAGACAGCAGGACAGAGACAUCUCCCCUGCUGAGCUGGAUGCACUAUGGAGGGAACCACCGUACACGCUAGCGGGAACCAAUGAGCACUUCACAGGAAAUGAUGUUAUGAAUCGAGGGGAGGAGGAGGGGCCGGGGGUGGAGUCUGGGGAAGGGGAGGCGGAGCUGGACAGUUACUGGACGAGGAAGGAGGCGUUCACCAGAGGAAGCACCGUGUCACUGGCCGUGGGAGAGAGGUUCUCCUCAGACGUGGUUCUAGUGUUCAGCGGUCGGCGGUGCUCAGGUGUAACACCUGACUCUGAGCUACAAGAGGCGCUCCGUACCAGACUCAGGGUCGUCGAGAGCAACAGUCAGGACGUCAUCCAACUCUUCAAGGACCUGUCUGCCCGUCUGCUGUCUGUCCACGCUGAGAAGGACAGCUUUGUCAUCACCUUCAAGACUGUAGAGGAGAUCUGGAAGUUCUCUACCUACCUGGCUCUGGGCUAUGUGGCGCGGUGCCUGGAGAAUUUCCUGUGUGACCAGUCGUUCUGGCUGGACACUGAGCUGCGGAGGGACCUGGAGAUCACUGUGUCUGUAGACGAGGAACACCUAGCCACACUCUACCUGGGACUGCUGCUGCAGGAGGGUUCGUUCUUUGCCAAGGCGCUGGUGAGCAGUGGCGAGCAUAGUGAUGAGGAAGAGGAGUUGUGUUUCAGACGUAACGACUUGCUGAUGGUUAGAGACACGGGGCAGGACAGUCGCUGGGAGGGCACCCUUCUCUCCACCGGGCAACACGGACUAGUGCCUGUCAACACCAUGCAGCCGCUGCCAUACCCCUUCUACCAGUGGUUCCUGAGGAAGUACUCUGACUGUGCCGGAUGCUCCCCUUCAGAGAGAGAACAGUUUGACCACCCUAUAGUAACCGGAUUCUGUGAGGCUGUAGUGGACCACAACCCAGUAGGUUCUGAUGAGCUCCAGCUGAGUCAAGGUGACCUGAUUGAGAUAGAGGGGAUGCUACUCCGAGGUCUGGACCUGUUCAUAGGAACACACUGCUCUACAGGAAACACUGGCUUCGUACACAAGGCUCACGUCAAGCCACUCAACGCCAAACCCCCAGACGGACAACUGGUGUUUCUGAGUGAGGAGGAACGUGCGUCAAUGGCCCAGAUUAACCCCUGCAGUAGUGAACCCAGAGACAGCGGCAUCCUAGAGAGACUCUUCUCCUCUGACAUCAGUACUGUCUACAGACUAGAUAGACUGGAUCAGUCUGACUUUACGUACAUCAGAAACCAACCAAAACAAGAGCAUAAGCCCCCCACCAGCGCCCGGCAGUCCAUCAUCUCAGAGAAGAGUGACGCUACACCCCCCUACCACUCCUCCCCCCGCCCCUCCCUCUCUCACUCCUCGCCCCGCCCCUCCUUCUACGCCUCCCAGAAUGCUUUGGGGCGUGGCGGUGACGGGGAGUUGCUGUCCUUCAGUCUGGAUGACACCUUCAGAGAGAUGAAUGAGUUCCAGGAAGACCCGGCCCUUUUCCUGGAGGAGGGGAGCUGGGAGGGGGUGGAGUCAGAGGUCUGUGACCCAACCCUGACUCGGCUCAACAUGCAUCACUUCCAGGAGGACUUCCUGCCCCUUUAUGACCUAAACCACUCCUUCCUGUGGCUGACGUUCUCAGGACAGAGUGAGGAUGAGUUACUGGGCCAUCUGGAGAUUGUCAGGGAGGGGGCCAAGAGAACGGGCAUGUCCUGGGCACACCGACGGGCAUGCUUCCUACUGGGGAGGCUCUGCGCCAAGAAGCUCAAGUACUCCCAGGCCCGUGUGUAUUACGAGGAAGCCCUUGGCGUCUCUGUUGACGGUUUCUCUGACCUCCCUCUCCUCAUCGCCCUGUACACCAACCUCACAGCCAUCUACCUCAAACAGAAGAUGGCCGACAAGCUGCCCCCGACCCUGGAGAAGGCCAGUGCUCUGCUCCUCUGCCUCCCCAGCCACACCUUCACCUCCCUGGAUGAGUUUGAGCUGCUGAAGCUGGUGCUGCGGAGGUCUGUGGUGGAAGGGGACAAACACCUGGAGGCACGGGCCUGCUACCUCACUGCCAGCCUCUUCCUCCUCCUUAGAAAGAUAGAUGACGCCCUGCCCUUCGUGGAGCGUCUCCAGUUCCUCACCGUUACCCUGUCUGCUGAGGAGGGACGCCCCAUCGCCCCCCUGGACCUCAACUGGCUUCUGUCCCGGCUCUACCACCGUAAAUACAUGCCCUACCUGGCCCUGGCAUCACUCAGCCUGGACUCUGGACAGGACCACUCACUACAGGACGCAUUCCACAGGAUAGAACUGUUCAGCAGGAACUCGGUGCGUCUGAAUCCGCGAUGGAAAGAGGGGACGUCUCUUCUCCCCGCCCAGAUCGUGGUGUAUCUUCAGCAGGCUCUGGCCAUUGCGGAGCGGGGUGAGGACCUUAAGACCCAGAGAGUCCUGUGUCUGGGCUUGGCCUGUGUGUACCAGCAACACGGCGCCUUGGUGAAGGCCCUGCCCUGUGCCCAGCAGGCUGUACAGACCGGGGCAGGUAUCAACGAGGAGGAGGGGUUCGAGGCUUCAGUACUGCUGGGAUGGUUGUUAGUCCUGACGGGACAGCCUGAGAGGGCACAGAACACCCUGCAGCCACUACUGCAGUCUCUACAGGGAACAGAUAGCCCGACCCAGAGGGGAGUGGUCCACAACCUGCUGGCUCUGUGUCUGCGGCGGCAGGGUCGCAUCCCCGAGGCCGGCAGCCACCUCCACCACGCCCUCACCAUCUCCAGGGAGAGUGGCAACCAGAGGAACCAAGCCCUGGCCCUCGCCAACCUGGGCUGCCUGGCACUGGGCGUGGGGGCACCCACACUGGCAGAACGAUUCCUAUUCAGGUCUCUGUGGUUGUUCCUGGAGAUCUGGGAGAGUCCCGUUGACGAGGAGCACGUCCAGACCUUCCUAUGGCUGGGGCGGAGCUACAAGGACAGGGGGAGGAGCCAGGACCUCAGGCUGUGUUAUGAGAUGGGCCUCCUCAUAUCCCUCCAGGCCAGGAACCUCCACAGUCAGAUGGUGGUGGCUAAAGUCCUGAGUCGUCACUAUGCUGACGUGCUGCUGUAUGGACAGAGUAUCCUCUACUAUGAGCACUGUGUGUCUGUGUCCAGGGACCUGAAGGACAAGAGACUAGAGGGAGAAUAUCUAGAGAUCCUCAGCAGCCUCUACCUCUCCCUCAAUACUGAGAAAUCAUCAAGGAAGUCUCUGGACUACAGUAAGCAGAGUCUGCGUAUCUCCAUCGACCUGGGGAAGAGAGAGGAAGAGUCAGAGACGUGGCUUCAGGUGGGACGCAUCUACUACCUCAUCCAUGAAGACGAACUGGCUGACAUGUACCUACAGGCAGCGGUGAAGACAGCCCUGAGGAUGAAUGACCCUCGCUUCGCCAUGAGUAUCUACGAGGAGGCAGGAGAUAUCUUCUUCAAAGGCCACAGGAACAGACUGGCAUCACUGCCCUUCUACAGGGACGGCAGUCUCCCGUUUGCUCGGAGCAUCCAUGACGUCCACUCAGAGUUCAGACUGCUGAGUAAACUGACUGAACUACUGAUGACCCAGGAAGAGCAUGAAGAGGCUUUACAGUACGCCAUUCUGGCUGUACAGAUCAGUACCAAAACAGGUGUGUGUGUGAAUGAGCGUGCAGCAUACCACCGUCUGGCUACAGUGUACUACAGUCUGGAGCAGUAUGAGAUGACCGAGAACUACUACCUCAAGUCUCUGUCUCUCAGCCCUGCUGUACUGCAGCACCCCCUGGAGGCUAGAUACUUCACCAAGCUCUACUGCAGGCUGGGGGACCUGACCCUGCACAAACUAAAGGAUGCCUAUGACUCGGUGGGCUACUUCCAGCUGGCACUAGCUGCUGCCCUGGAGGACUGUGGCAACCCGCAGGCGCUGUAUGUGGUCUACAUGAAGCUGGCAGAGAUCCAUGCCAACCACAUGCCAGACCCACUGCUCUGCCAGGCUUACAGGGACAGGGCACAGAGCCUGAGGAGGGAACUCUCUGGGCUGGAAGGAGAGACAGAGGAGUGGAGGGAAGGAGAGACAGAGGAGUGGAGAGGUGAGAUGGAUGGCAGAGGAGAGACAGAGGGAAGAGAAGAGACGGAGGGGAGAGGAGAAGAGACAGAAGAGAGAGGAGGAGUAACAUGUGAUACAGACCUGGAGAUGAGAAACACAGACAUGGAGGAGACCGAGCCAGAGACUGGAUGCAAUGAGCAUACAGAUACUAUCCCCAAAGAGGCUAUUGACAUGGACAGUGCACAGAGCCUGAGGUUGGAGCCUGCUGGACUACAAGACAGAGACACAGAGGGACAACACACAGGACUUGGAGACAUGGAGAGGGGAGACACAGAGAUAGGACACCCAGACACUACAGAGAAACAGCAUCCAGUUACCGAAAAGAGAGACACAGAGACUGAGACUGGAUGUGGUGACUCUAUCGAUGCAGAAGCAAAUUCCAAAGAUGCUAACUGUAAGGAUAGUAGUCACACCAAUGCAGAUAGCCAUGAAGCCGAUUCUGAUGUGUUUAAAGGAGACAGAGACACCAGUAACUCAAAUCCAGACAAGCUCCUCCCAGAGGCUACUCACACAGACCAAGACACUGACAGUACAGACACAAGCCCUUAUCAAGCAGACGUUGAAAACACACAGAAUGACUAUACAACAACAAGCAGUGCAUUUGUAGACACUACAAUAACAGAGGACACUGACAGUAUAGACAGAAUACCGUGUGACCCUAACAACACUGAGACUAUACCAACAGAAACAUGCAUCAAACAUAGCGACUCAACGGCCACAGACACAGAUACAGACACACCCUACAAAGACAGCCCUACAGACAGCAGUCACACAGACACAGAUGCAGACAUAGACUCCUCUCAAAGACAGACACAGAGGUAACCCACAAAGACUGCCCUACAGACAGCAGUCACACAGACACAGAUACAGGCAUAGACUCCUCUCAAAGACAGACACAGAGGUAACCCACAAAGACAGCCCUACAGACAGCAGUCACACAGACACAGAUACAGACAUAGACUCCUCUCAAAGACAGACACAGAGGUAACCCACACAGACAGCCCUACAGACAGCAGUCACACAGACACAGAUACAGACAUAGACUCCUCUCAAAGACAGACACAGAGGUAACCCACAAAGACAGCACUACAGACAGCAGUCACACAGACACAGAUGCAGACAUAGACUCCUCUCAAAGACAGACACAGAGGUAACCCACACAGACAGCCCUGCAGACAGCAGUCACACAGACACAGAUACAGACAUAGACUCCUCUCAAAGACAGACACAGAGGUAACCCACAAAGACAGCCCUACAGACAGCAGUCACACAGACACAGAUACAGACAUAGACUCCUCUCAAAGACAGACACAGAGGUAACCCACACAGACAGCCCUACAGACAGCAGUCACACAGACACAGAUACAGACAUAGACUCCUCUCAAAGACAGACACAGAGGUAACCCACACAGACAGCCCUGCAGACAGCAGUCACACAGACACAGAGGUAACCCACACAGACAGCCCUACAGACAGCAGUCACACAGACACAGAGGUAACCCACACAGACAGCCCUACAGACAGCAGUCACACAGACACAGAGGUAACCCACACAGACAGCCCUACAGACAGCAGUCACACAGACACAGAGGUAACCCACACAGACAGCCCUACAGACAGCAGUCACACAGACACAGAGGUAACCCACACAGACAGCCCUGCAGACAGCAGUCACACAGACACAGAGGUAACCCACACAGACAGCCCUACAGACAGCAGUCACACAGACACAGAGGUAACCCACACAGACAGCCCUGCAGACACGGACAUGUUGUUGAUGUUGAUCGUGCAAACAGUAACGUUAGAAAGGCAGACAGACGCUGUUCAGCCACAGACUGACUAGGAUGAUGAUAGAUCUGUUCACACCCUCACAGAUACUCUCCAUGAAGAUAGUAUCAGUCCUACAGACAUCACACAGACAAAGAUGUCGGCCAUCCUUAUUAUGGUCUAC